AUGAGCAAAGCUGAUGAAACUACUGAAAUCUCGGAUGAUGAACAACCUGGAACCUCAAAAACUGUUCAGGAACCUGUGGAGGAAACCAAGCCUCAACUAAUGUCCACAGAGGAGAUAUUGAAGUUCAACAAAGUAUGUGAAGACCAUCAUCGCCGAAUGAUUCUUGCUGAAAAUCUUUUCAAUGCCACGAAAUCAGCUUUGAAAACUAUAAGGCUUAAGCAGUUGGCAAAAAAGCGAGGAGAAGUCGAGGCUUGUACGUCAUCUGAUUUGAAAACGCGUUGCAGUGCUGUCUUUGGCGAUUAUAAAAACCAAUUAGAGAUGUCGACUGCCGAACGCGAUCUUAGGACAGAGUCUAUGGAAAGAAAGUAUCUAGCCGAAUCCGAAAUUGCCGAUUUUACCGAAGAAGACGUAACCAGGCUUAAGGAACAAGCUAUGAAGUACAAUAGACUCGAUACGAAACUAUUCGAAGAUGCUCUGAAUGAAGCCUCGAAAUCAAUGAAAAAGUUUCUAGCUUCCGAGCCGCAUGACAUUUCCCUCAUAGACUUUUCUGCAGUGCGGGAACAGUUAGCCCGGCACAAUUGCCCUCCCAGUGUAAUGGCCAUGUGUGAUCCAAAUAAUUUUGCAGCGAUUACCCUACGCGAUGUUGUGGAAAUUAAUGAUCUCGUGAACACAGGGUGUUUCAUUCAAUAA